AAGUUGGGCUGCUUUGCUACCUGAAAGCUUCGCGCCGGCCGGCUCACCGUCCGGUGGGAGGGGAUAGUGGAUGCGUCAGGUCAGCAGGGAUGGGUGAUGGUGACGUCGAGCAGGUAAUCGUGGCCGUUGAUCACGCCAUAGAUGUCCAUGCGCUGGCUGUUGGGUUGUCGUCCGGAGGGGUGAUGCCGAGGCUGUGCAGGGGCAUCUCCACGUUGGAGGGAACAUCAGCCUCAGCCAGGAUGCGAACAGACAAGUUGCGCAUGUUGUUGUGUCUCGUAAUGCGCACGCGGCCUGUGUGGCAGACAAAGUAGUGCUUAUCGACCUCGCCACCGCAGAUGCAUCGCUGCGUGACGGUCGCGUGCGGGAGGGCGAUGCCGAGGCACUCGGCGAUGGCAAGGAGGCACUGGAAGUUGUUCAGGGACUUGUGGUCGCUGGAAGGGAUGCCGGAUAACCAACCAGAUGAGAGAGGUCCUCGACAGCUCAAAAGGCGGGCGCGGGCUCUGCCGUCCGGCGGGAGGGAGUUGAAGAGCUCAUUGAAGCGGAACUUGUGCAGCUGGUCGGUCAGCCGCUGCUGUAGACGCACCUGAGGCCUCGAGACCAGGUAUGCUUGCAGUUUCAUGCUGUGUAUGCAUACGCAGCUGUGCGCACAGAGAUAUUCAGCAUAUGCACACACUCCAAGUCCAAGCGUGCAUGCGCAGGAAGCAUUCAUCGUAUACACACAUUCUAAGUCCACGCGUGUUUACGCAGGUGUGCGCACAGGGACAUUCAUCAGAUACACACAAUCCAAGUCCACGCAUGCAUGCGCAGGUGUGCGCACAGAGCCAUUCAUGACAGCGCAUACGCAGGUGUGCGCACAGAGCCAUUAAUGAUAUACACAAAUCCCAAGUCCACGCAUGCAUGCGCAGGUGUGCGCACAGAGAGAUUUAUCAGAUACACACACUUCAAGUCCAAACGUGCAUGCGCAAGUGGCUCUACUAUCCCAUUUUGUGCUUGAUGACGCGGCAGGCUCUUCUCGUGGUGGAUCUGGUGCUCCUCACAAAACGCCUUCCACGUACCGGCGAUGAGCUCGGCCCUCCAUCGGUCUUCACUGCCUUGGGCAUGCGGAUGGCCAUGCAGUAGUGCAUGAGCGCCUUCGGUGCGGUGGACUUCUUCUUCAGGAAGUAGGCCUGCACAUAGCGGUUGUAGUCGUCCACCAUGACCAUGAGCCACUUGAAUCCCCUCUCGCUGAGCUGUUUGAUCUGUGCCAGGUCGACGUGCACGAGAUCACCAGGUGCCGAACGACGCAAGGCAUCACCAAGGUAGGGCCGACUCGUCGUGUUAGAUUGGACACGCACCUCAUACUUGUGCUCCUCUCCUUCCUCCAUCUUGCUCCUCUUGAUGUCAGGUGCGUUGCGGCACACUUGCUGCAGCUGGUCGAUGGCUGCAUCGUUAUAGUGGAGGAAACGCUGGUGAGCGAGCUCCCCGCUGAUGAUCUCGGCGGCCAUCACUGCCGCGGGUACUUGGAGGGGAGGGGGAGUAUGUGAUUAAUGUCUGUCUACAGAAAUCUGCGCAUGGACCAGUCGACUUGGAGGAUGCGUACAUGAUGAAUGUCUCUAUGCGCACACUUGCGUAUGCACGAGUGGACUUAGAGGGUGCGUAUGUGAUGAAUGUCUCUACGCACACACUUGUGCAUGCUCUAUACGCACGCGGGUAGAGAAGGAUACGGCAGCCUGGGCAGGCGGCGAGGGGCGGGGGGGGUGCUGAGUCGGCGGCUGGUCGGUGAAGGCUGCAGCGUGGGGGUUACCGCAGGUCCCCGCGGCUCCCCAAAUGUAGGAGGGAAGGUGCGAUCGGUAGCCCUGAGCGAGACGCACAACGCAAUGCAGGCAACAUUGGUGAGUGGCAAAGGCUUCCAGGGGUGGCCUCGCGACAGGGAUGGCCACGCAGUCGGGUCAUGGCCAACACCAUG